AUGGCAGCAGCUGAGUCCCGUGCGCACCAGUUUGCCGAGGGCGCCGCGUUCCCCGCGUACCGAGCCCCCUACGCCAGCGGGGCGCUCCUGCCGCCCCCGAGCCCCGCGGCCGCACUGCUCCCUGCGCCCCCCGCGGGACCCAGCCCCGGCUCCGGUCCGGCGCCCUUCGCGGGCUUCCUGGGCCAGGACCCCGGGCCGGCCCCGCCCCCUGCCGGCCUGGGCUCGCCUGCGCCCCCUAAAGGCGCGGCCGCCCAGUCGGCGUCGCAGCGCCGCAAGCGCACGUCGUUCAGCGCGGAGCAGCUGCAGCUGCUGGAGCUUGUCUUUCGCCGGACCCGGUACCCCGACAUCCACCUGCGGGAGCGCCUGGCCGCGCUCACCCUGCUCCCUGAGUCCAGGAUCCAGGUAUGGUUCCAGAACAGGCGUGCCAAGUCUCGGCGUCAGAGUGGGAAAUCCUUCCAACCUUUGUCUAGGCCAGAGAUUAUCCUCACCCACUCUGCUCCUGGAACUGAAACGAAAUGUCUGAAGCCCCAGCUGCCUCUUGAGGUGGAUGCGAACUGCCUGCCCGACCCAAACGGGGCUGGAGGGGGCAUCUCUGACUCUAGGUCUCAAGGUCAGAAUUUUGAAACCUGUUCCCCUCUCUCUGAAGACAUUGGUUCAAAGCUGGACUCAUGGGAGGAACACAUCUUUUCUGCCUUUGGUAACUUUUGAGGAUUCUGGGAGAAUUAAGAAUAAGCUCUCAGGAGCCAUGACUGACAGCCUGGGAGAGACACAUCAGCGUAUUGUCCUUUCUCACACCCAUGCUAAGGACAUGGUCUUGUUAACCUUGGUGAUGGUUUUGACAGCACCUCUCACAUUUGAAGGUGCCCCCGCCACUUUGUCAAUGAAUUUUGAAGCCAACACUCCCACCCCAGAGUUCUGGCAUUCAGUACCUCCAAGUCUGCACAUUGCAUUUGGUCUGCAGCCCUGUGCCUUCUUGCCAGGCCUGGUCUUCUUUUUUAGUGUGGUUGUUCAGAACUCAUGAUCUUCUUCACAAGAAUGCCUCACCUUGACUCAGUUUCCCCUUGUGCUUGACAGCUGCCAUUUUCUCCUGGUCCCUCCAAGCCUUAUAACCCUAAACUUACUCUACCCCAUCUCUUCAACCCUCAUCCUAGUUUAUUACUUUUUAAAAUUGGGCCUAUCAUCUUCACAUUUGAUCAUAGCUCCAAUAACUCUGCAUGCAAAUUAUUUCAACAGCCCCCCUGCCUCUAGCUUCUCAACUACUUUGGGCCAGGUGCAGUGACUCACUCCUGUAAUCCCAGCACUUUGGGAGGCCAACUGGGCAGAUCACCUGAGGUCAAGAGUUUAAGGCCAGCCUGGUCAACAUGGCAAAACCCCAUCUCUACUAAAAAUACAAACAUUAGCUGAAUGUGGUGGCAGGCGCCUGUAGUCCCAGCUACUUGGGAGGCUGAGGCAGAAGAAUCACUUGAGCCUAGGAGGUGGAGGUGGAGGUUGCAAUGAUCUGAUAUCGUACCACUGCACUCUUGCUGGGUGACAGAGGGAG